AUGCCUUCUGCUACUAUCGUAUCUCCCGCUGUGCAUCGGCAGAGUGUAGGAAACAGUCGCUCAACUUCACGACAGAGUAAACAGGAAGAACAAGUUGCCGAGAUGGUGGAAUAUGACUGCCCUGGAACCCCAAGGAUAACAAUGCCACCAUACGGAGCAGAGUUCAAAAAUUUCUUCAGCAAUUCAGACUCACAGGUUCCAAAACUGGCCGAAAGAAUUCAUUUCGUUCCAUCAGCAGUCGUCGGACAACAAGAAGCCAUUCAAAAUAAACAAGCACACUUGGAAAACCGACGUUACCAGCAGCUGAAGAUAGCACAGAGGUUCACCAAGACGGAUGGGACACCCAAAUUAUACAUUGGUCGGGACAGUAUCCUUCCUGGACAGGCCGCCUGGCCCAUUCCUCACGAUGCCCCUUACAGGCCUGUCUUAGAUCGCAGCCUCAUGGCUGUCAUUGAGGCUGGACUGUAUGAGAAAUGGAGCAAAGACCUGUUGUUCCAAGUCCAGAUGAACACCCGCAGGAGGCAGCAGCAGCAGCAAUGGGCGCAGCAAGAGGAGGAGGAAGAGUCUCAAAAAACAUUCAGACAAUUGGCAUCAAGGCUCUCACACCAUCACACACCUGCAGGGAGCAUAUUUGCUCCUCCUUUUGGGCUCUGGCCUUGCAGGACUUGUCUUUAUUAUGGAGGCCUUUCCCAUGUGGCUUUUACAGAAAAAUAUGACAGUCUGACGGGACACAACUUUGCAGGUCGAGCAGGCUAA